AUGGCUAAAGCCGUUUCCGAGACAACUGUUGUCUUAUCUCUUGCCCGUCUCUAUUUAUCGCAAAUAGAGUUCGUCAGAGAGACCGAGACGCUAUUUGAAUGUGACCCUAAUAAUGAUAUUUGUGAGGUCUAUUGUUAUUACCGAAAACCAAUUUCUUUCCUUGUCCGCUAUCCUAGUGAACGUAUCACGAUUUCACUUCGUAUAGGACGAAGACUUAAGCGUAAAAUCAGCGGUUUCCUGUAG